AACUAGAACGAGAGGACCCGAUGAAGUGGGAUGAAGCGUGGAAGGCACAAAAAUAGACGAUAAGCUUUGCGCAUAGAUUAAUCUGACGGUACGGUCGAGGGUAAUACAUACAACCAAAAGCCCUAGAUUUUCUAGUAGACUAUGCCCUUUUGAAUAAUGCGACUAUGGAUCAACUGAAACACGACCCCUUCUGUCAAUCAAUUCAAGUCCCAAACCCAUCCGUCGCUGAGUUUCAUCAGCAGCCUCCUGAUCUGCGCUUGCCCACCAAUCAAUUUCACGUGGAUCCGAGACUGGAAGCAGAUGUCAAGGACUGUACUGCUGCAAGAAAAGUUCAGAAGGCUGACCGUGAGAAAUUGAGGAGGGAUCGUCUCAAUGAACAGUUUAUGGAGUUGGGAAAUACGUUAGAUCCUGAUAGGCCCAAAAAUGACAAAGCAUCCAUUCUUGCUGACACGAUCCAACUGCUUAAGGAUCUGACUGCUCAAGUCAACAGACUAAAAACCGAGUAUGCUGCACUCACUGAAGAAUCUUCUGAGUUGACACAGGAGAAGAAUGAUCUCAGAGAAGAGAAAGCAUCACUUAAAUCUGACAUCGAGAACCUUAAUGUUCAGUAUCAGCAGAGACUCAGGGCUAUGUUUCCAUGGGCUGGUAUGGAUCAUUCAGUUGUCAUGCACCCACCGCCUUAUUCUUUUCCAUUGCCGGUGCCAAUGCCUCCUGGGCCGAUUCCCAUGCAUCCAUCUUUGCAGCCAUACCCCUUUCUUGGAAGUCAAAAUCCUGGGAUUAUUCCUAACCCCUGUUCAACUUUUGUUCCAUAUUUAACUCCUAACACCCUAAUUGAACAGCAGUCUACCCAUUAUGUAACUCCAAUCGCACAGCCGUGUAGUAGGUCUCACAGUUCAAGCAAACAAGAUUCCAAAAACAAGGCAUCAGACCAUCAAGGGGAGAGCAAGAUUGGAAAAAGUGAGGAUUCUGAUGAUGUCCCAACAGACCUAGAACUCAAGACACCAGGAUCUACAGGAGAACAGGAUGCCUCUUCUGGACAAAGGAAAUCCAGAAAAUUGAUGAGGAAGGAAAACAGCCUUACAGAUGGGAGUUACUCGAGUAGGUGUUCUUCAUCUCGUAGUGUGCAGGAUAGUUCAUCAAAUAGCGUAGUUGGUGGCACGAAGGCUGAUGAUUGAAGAAGCGGAGAGAAUAAGAAAAUCCAGAUCAUCAAAGGUUCUGAUGCUGGGUGAUUUCCCAUGCUUUUCCAAGCAGGAAGGCUUUAAGGUUAGUGGUCCAUUACUUGUUUAGGAAAAUGAUUGUAAUUUUUGUAUGUAAUGACACUGGAAUAAUUAAUUUUGUAUCAUUAUGUUGGCUUAUUAUAAUAUAGUUAUAAUCAUUUCGUGGCUA